CCUGUGCUUUAUAACUGUCACAGAGAAGCAAAGAGAGAGGAGGUGAGGGAAAAAGAAGAGAAGAGGAAGGAGAAGGUGGAGCAUUCUCACCAGUUGACUGUUUUUCCCCUGACACUAACACUUAAACGCCAAUUACCAUGGAUGCAACAGAGUUCCGAAAGAGGGGGAAAGAGAUGGUGGACUACAUUGCAGAUUACAUUGAGACAAUACACAAAAGACCAGUCUACCCUGAUGUGGAGCCUGGAUACUUGAGAUGCCUUAUUCCAGAAUCUGCACCACAGGAACCUGAGAGCUUUGAGGAUGUUUUCAAAGACAUUGAAAAGAUCAUCAUGCCAGGGGUGACACACUGGAAUAGCCCAUAUUUUUUUGCCUACUUCCCUGUCGCCCAUUCCUUCCCAGCUCUUCUGGCAGAUAUUUUGUCUGGCGGCAUAGGAUGUAUGGGCUUCUCCUGGGCUGCAAGCCCAGCUUGCACAGAGCUGGAAACAGUCAUGUUGGAUUGGCUGGGGAAGAUGAUUAAUUUGCCUGAAGAGUUUUUAGCUGGGAGGGACGGAGAAGGUGGAGGAGUCAUUCAGGGCAGUGCCAGCGAGGCUACCUUGGUUUCACUGCUUGCUGCCAGAACCAAAACAGUCAGGCAUUUUCAGCUGGAAAACCCUGAACUAACAGAGUCAGACAUCAUGGGCCGGCUGGUGGCUUAUGCUUCAGAUAUGGCUCACUGCUCAGUGGAAAGAGCUGCAUUAAUUGGAGGAGUGAAGAUGAAAAAUAUCCCUUCAGAUGAUAAAUUUACUGCCCGUGGAUCUGCCCUUCAGAAGGCUGUGGAUGAAGACAAAGCUGCUGGUCUCAUCCCAUUUUUUUUUUGUGCGACUCUGGGAACCACGGCUUGCUGCUCCUUUGACAAACUGCUAGAGCUGGGGCCUAUUUGUAAUAAAGAGAAUAUCUGGUUGCAUAUUGAUGCAGCCUAUGCAGGGAGUUCUUUCAUCUGCCCUGAAUUCCGGUAUCUUCUAAAUGGAGUGGAGUAUGCCAAUUCACUUAACUUUAACCCUCACAAGUGGCUCCUCAUCAAUUUUGACUGCUCUGCUAUGUGGGUGAAGAAGAGAUCCGAUUUAAUAGGUGCCUUCAAGUUAGAUCCACUUUACCUGCAGCAUAACCACCAGGAAUCUGGUCUUAUUACAGAUUACCGGCACUGGCAAAUCCCUCUGGGCCGAAGGUUCCGCUCCUUGAAAAUGUGGUUUGUGUUUAGGAUGUAUGGAGUCAAGGGACUACAGGAGCAUAUCCGCCAGCAUGUGAAGUUAUCACAUGAGUUUGAACAGUUGGUACUCCAGGAUGAACGGUUUGAAAUCUGUUCUGAGGUCAUAUUGGGACUGGUGUGCUUCCGACUAAAGAUCAUGGAAAUACCUGACUCUAGUGCUGUCCACCUGAGUGAAUGGCAGAAGAAUUACUUUGCUAUCACCUCUGGCACCUGUACACCGGGACAGAAGGCAGAUGGAUACCGGGCCCAGAUUCUGCGCAUUCAGUAUGCAUGGACAAACUCUGAGAUUUCCCAGGUCUGUGCUGCCAACCUGUUCAAAAAAUAUGCAGAGAAAUACUCUGCAAUUAUUGACUCUGACAAUGGGGAAACUGGCUUGAAUAACUAUGCUGAGAACAUUUUGACUUUGGCAAGAAGUCAGCAGAACAACAGUGACAAGUGGCAAUCUGCCCUGACAACAAGUAAUGUGUUUGAAUUAAAGAGUGUGCAGAAGAUGAUGCAGGCUGGCAAAAAGUUCCAAAGCUCUCUGAUGGCACCAGCAGAUGCCAUGGUAGUAGUUGAUAAAGAGGUCAGUGCCUCUGGUACUCCAGGUCUUCCUAAACUCACCGUGUGCAGCAAUGCUAGAGAGACUGACCUCUGUGCUAGCUCUUCAAAAUUUAUAAGCCAGGGAGCAGAUAUCCUUGAGUGCCCCCCAUCUUUGAAAUGUCUUCAAAGCAGUAUGCCACCUGCGACCAGUACUACAGAUAUGCCUUCAACUUCCUCUGCCUGUUUAAAUCAUCAGUUGGAUACAGGUUUCCGCACAACUCCACUAUUUGGAAAUAAGGAAGCAGCAAGCAGUGGUUUGUUGAAAGCCCAAGGUCACUUUGGGGGUGGACAGAACUCAUCUUUUUUGAAUCAGUCUUCCCUUUCUGCUGAGUUUGGAAAACUAGGGAAAAGGAAAGCAUUUUAUAGCUCCAGUGAUGCAAGCAGCAGUAUGCCUUCCAACCUUGCUCCAUGCAAACUCACCAGUAAUACAGAAGCCAGGAACUUUCAUGGGAGUGGAAAUAAAAAUGAAGAGAGAAAUAUAGCAGGUUUUAAAACAGCAAAAGAACAGCUAUGGGAAGAUCAGCAAAAGAAAUAUCAAAGCAAGCCUCAGCGUACACCAGUCUCAUCUUAUGGUGGUUUAAAAAAAUCUUUGGGUGCUAGAAGGCCUCGGGGUCCAUUUGGAAAGUUUGUUCCUCCAGUACCGAAACAAGAUGGGAAUGAAAAUGGAGGGGCACAGGGCAGACCUUAUGGGAGUGGACCAGUAGAGCCCUCAUUCCUUGUGGAUGAACACUUAAAGAACAUAGAACCAAAAAUGAUUGAACUUAUCAUGAAUGAGAUCAUGGAUCACGGGCCUCCAGUAAACUGGGAUGACAUUGCUGGAGUGGAAUUUGCAAAAGCCACCAUAAAGGAGAUAGUGGUAUGGCCUAUGCUGAGACCAGACAUCUUUACAGGGUUACGGGGUCCUCCUAAAGGAAUACUGCUCUUUGGACCCCCUGGGACAGGCAAGACUCUUAUAGGCAAGUGCAUUGCAUGUCAGUCUGGAGCUACUUUUUUCAGCAUCAGUGCCUCUUCCCUGACCUCCAAGUGGGUGGGUGAGGGAGAAAAGAUGGUUCGUGCCCUCUUUACUGUGGCACGAUGUCAGCAACCGGCUGUGAUUUUCAUUGAUGAAAUUGAUUCUCUUUUGUCCCAGCGUGGAGAUGGGGAGCACGAAUCUUCUAGAAGAAUAAAAACUGAAUUUUUAGUUCAGUUAGAUGGAGCUGCAACUUCCUCUGAAGACCGCAUUCUAGUGGUGGGAGCGACAAAUCGCCCCCAGGAAAUUGACGAGGCUGCCCGUAGAAGACUAGUAAAGAGACUCUACAUCCCUCUUCCAGAAGCUUCAGCUAGGAAGCAGAUUGUAACUUGCCUAAUGUCAAAGGAGCACUGCAGUCUAAGUGAAGAGGAAAUUGAGCUCAUAGUUAAAAAGUCUGAUGGGUUUUCUGGAGCAGACAUGACUCAGCUCUGUCGAGAAGCCUCUCUAGGUCCAAUCCGCAGUCUUCAGUCUAUGGACAUUGCAACCAUCACACCUGAACAAGUACGGCCGAUUGUGUUUCUUGAUUUUGAUAGUGCUUUCAAAACUGUGCGACCCAGCGUGUCCUCAAAGGAUCUGGAAUUGUAUGAGAACUGGAACCAAACUUUUGGCUGUGGCAGAUAACUGCAUCUGAAUUAUGUGGAAUUUUCUUUCACACCCAGUCCUCCCCUCUUUAUCUGCCUCCUUCCCACUCAGUCACACAAACACCUUAGGGUCAGUGAUAACAGUGUUUCCACUUAUUUUUGUUUCUAGCAAUCUUUGUAAUAAAGGUCUUUUUAAAAAAUGCAAAA